AUGGCGCAAAAACAUGACGUUCUCCAGCGACCAGACAUUGAAAUGGAAUAUGCCCGUUUAGGAAAAUCGGGUCUUAAUAUCUCGAGAAUCGUGCUCGGAGCAAUGAGCUAUGGGUCGUCCAAGAUGUUUGACUGGAUACUUGAUGAGGAACAAGCCCUCCCAUUGCUAGAACAUGCGUAUAAAAAAGGGAUCAACAAAUGGAUACAGUAUUUCUCCCUCCUUGCAGAUGUUUAUUCGAAGGGCCGCUCUGAAGAGAUUAUCGGCAAGGCUCUUGAGCAGUACAAAAUUCCCCGUUCCAACGUCGUGAUCAUGACCAGGUGCUACUUCCUUGUAGAUCCAAACUGCGAACUGCCUUUAUUCCAAAUUCAGAAUACCGGGGAAUUUGUCAACCGCCUUGGACUCUCUAGAAAGCAUAUCUUUGACGCCGUCAACGCCAGCGUGCAACGAUUGGGCACAUACAUCGAUGUGCUGCAAAUCCACCAGAGCGGCAAGGUUCGAUACAUUGGCGCCAGUUCAAUGGCCGCAUGGGAAUUCCAGGCUCUUCAAAAUAUCGCCGCCCGUAAUGGCGGGCAUCAGUUGAUUUCUAUGCAGAGCUACCACAACCUCCUGAACCGUGAAGGCGAACGUGAAAUGAUCCCCUACUGUGUCGAUUCUGGAGUCGGUCUCAUUCCCUGGUCUCCUUUGGCCCGUGGCGCUCUCACAAGGCCUCUUGGUUCGCGCUCAACUGUCCACGAGCAAUCGGAUCGAAUCAUGAAAACCAUGAUCCGUGAUACAGAAACGGAGGCCGACAAAAUUAUCAUUGGUCGUGUGGAAGAGUUGGCUAAGAAAAGGGGUAUUAGUAUGGCAUAG